GUGAAAUCGGCGAAAGAUUACUUGACGCAGAAGCCAAGACGAUGGACUUCGGAAGCGCCCGACGUGGCGGCCGCGACGCGCUCCCCGAGGACUUUGUGCGCAAGCCAUGGCAGUCCUUCUCGACCAUGAAGCGCUUCCUCAGCGAGGCCGUCCGCCUCGAGAAUGCGAGCUGGCGCAUCUGGUUCAUGCAGCAGCGGGCCAAGCAGGCUAUGGUCGUCACGAAGAAGAAGGGCCGGCUCUCGAUCGAGGCGCAUGGCGACGAGAUCGAGGCCGAUGCACACGACCGAACGUGCGUCUACUGCGAGCUCGCGCCUGCUAGCCUGACGUGCAACGGCUGCUGCCAUGACCCGUACUGCGUGAGUUGUUUCAAGCUCAUUCAUAUGCGCGGUCAUCUCGCUUCGCAUACGGCCGUGUCGCUCCAAAAGCUCGAUGCCAAGGUACCGACGCCUGUGGUCACGCCAACGACGCACCGCGCGCCGGCGCAAGCGAGCCCGCCCAAGGUUACCGUCGCCGCCAAGCCCAUCAAGUCGUGGGAAGAGAAGAUGGACGUGCUCUUCCAGAAGCUCAUGGUCACGAGCAUGCACCACGACGGCGACAUUAGUGUUCACAACAUUGACAACAGUCCGCUCAACCCGACGUGGAGCCCAGAGAAGGCCAAGACCUGCGGCGGCUGCCAGGGCCCGCACAUGACGGUUGCAUGUCCGUCGCUGGCCCCGCCCAUUGUCGAGAGCAUCGCGCCGACAACGUCCAAGAAGCCAAUCGUAUGUGGCAACUGCCGCGGCGACCACAAGACGCUCGACUGUCACAGCUUGGCACCGCCAACGCCGCCCAAAGGCGGGGCUAUCUGCGGCAACUGCCGCGGCGACCACCUCUCGAUGGCAUGUCCUCUGCUUGCUGUUGGCGCGCCGCCUGCGAAACCAAUAGUGUGUGGCAACUGCCGCGGCGACCACAAGACAAUCGACUGCCAUGGCUUGGCACCAACGCCGCUUAAAGCUGUUGUUUGUGGCAACUGCCGCGGCGACCACAUCUCGAUCGCGUGUCCGCUGCUGGCACCGCCGCCCAAGAAGGCGCUUGUGUGUGGCGGCUGCGGCGGGGAGCACAUGACGAUGCUCUGCCCGAAGCUAGCGUCUUCAAGUGACGCGCCGCUCUUCCGGCGCAAAUCGAGCAAAAGUAUUGUCUGCGGCAACUGCCGUGGCGACCACAUGACCAUUACGUGUCCGCAGCUGCAAGAGGAGUCGCCCAAGCACGUCGUCGACUCGAUCGUGCGCAAGUGCUUCACGUCGUACCACAACGCCAACACGAGCAACAGCACGCACGCGUACUUGGGCGACGAAGUGAGCGUCCACGGGGCGUUUGUGCUGCGCCCGCCACCGGCGACCCGGUCCAACUCGGCGACCUUUGCACCGAUUCACGAAAUCCCCGUCGAAGUCGAGACGUCGCCCGUGCUGCCGGCGCUGUCGCCGCUGCGGCGGUUGCGGACACCGGACGUGUGGAUCCUCUCGAGUCUCUGGAACGACAUGUCGGCGUCGUUUCUGCAAGCGCGGGGCCAUAUGGGCGCUGGCUGCGACGUCAACUGCCUCGAUGAACGCCGUGGCUGGGUCUAUCUCAAGCCCCCGCACUGCACCAAGUGGCGUCGGCGCUUUGUGGUGCUCUUCCGCAACCAGCUGACGGAAUUCCUGGAUGAGCGCGAUGUGCAGCCGGUGGGCUUUACCAAUUUGCACGAAGCGUCGAUCGUCGACACGUCGGUGCAUGACGAGCACCAACUGACGGUCUCGGUCGCGUCAUCGGCUCUGCGUGACGACGGCGUCACGACGCUUCAGUGGUGCUUUGACACGCUGUUGGCGUUCAACGAGUGGAAAGCAGCGCUUGUGCGCGCCAGUCGGCUCGAGAUCCGGGACCUCUUUGGUGACGACGACAUGGAGCUCGGCAAAGGGCGGUUUGCGAUGGUCAAGCGCGCCGAGCGCAAACACCUUGCGCGCUGCAGCCACGAAUGUGCGAUCAAGGUCAUCGACAAGGCUGCGUUUUGGGACCUCGUGCAGGAAGGUGUCGAGCGCAACGACACGCUGUUUCGUGAAGUGCUCACGCAGAGUGUGCUCACGCUGCGGGGCCAUGGCGUGCCGCACCACGGCUACGUCGUGCGGCUCCUCUCGCUCUUUGAGACGCACGACCAUUUGGUGAUGGAGAUGGAGCUCAUGGCCGGCGGGGACAUAUAUGACCACAUUGUGACCCACGGACCGCUGUCAGAACCCCAGGCCGCGCUCGUCAUGACGCACCUCGUCCAGAGCAUUCAAUUUUGCCUGGAAAAUGGCAUUGCCCAUCGUGACGUCAAGAUCUCCAACUUGGCACUCGAUGUGCAGACGACCAUAGGGUCCACCGACCGACCGUGUGUGCUCAAGCUGGCCGACUUUGGCAUGGGUGCGUUCCUCGAGUCCAACGGCAUGCUUCUUGGACGGUACGUCAUCGAUUGUAUGGACAUAUUGUCUCUAUAGGUUUGUUAUACAUGGUACUAGGUGUGGCACGCCGGGCUAUGUAGCCCCCGAGAUCCUCACAGCCGGCGUCCAAGAGCCGUACCCGCCCCACGUCGAUAUGUUUUCGGCGGGCGUCGUGCUGUACACGCUCCUUUGUGGCUACGAGCCGUUCUAUGCGAUCAACGACAAGGAGCUCAUUUUACUCAACAAGGCGGUCACGUACUUCUUUCAUCCGGAGGAGUGGUCGCACAUAUCCGACGACGCCAAGGACCUCAUUGCUCGCAUGCUGGCCAAGAACCCGGCCGAGAGAAUACGCCCGCACGAAGCCCUCGCGCACCCGUUCCUGCGACACGUGGCGUGUGUGCCCGAGCACCCCCGCACCUCGACCUGUGCCAAGCUCUUCUAAGACCCUUUGACAUCAAUGUCUCUAUUGGUGUUGUUACUGUG